CGUCACUUCCGGCCGCUCGCAAGAUGGCGGCGCGCCGCGUUCUCCGCCUCGCGGAGCGCCAGGCGCGAUGGCUCCGCCCCUUGCCCCGCCCCCCGCAGCGGAUCGGCCAAUGGCGAGAGGCGCAGGGCCUCUCCCCCAGCACCUCCGGGCCCGGCCCCCUCAGGGACCUCCCGGACUGGAGCUUUUCGGACGGGCGCCCCUCCCCCCCCUGGCGGGGGCAGAUCCGGAGACUCGGCGACAGCAGAGAACUGAGGGUGAGAAACCA